AUGGAUGGCAAGAAAAUCCUCGCCCAGAAGCUUCAGUCCGCAUUGGAUGAGCGUGAUCGCGAUAACAGAUUGAUCAGCCCUCCCGACCCAUCUACCAUUGCCCAAAUGGUAGACUUCGGGUCAAAUGAUACCCUCUCACUGGCAACGUCGGGGGCAUUGACUAGAUCUUUUGAGGAUCAACUCCGGAAAAAUCCAGAUUACAUUGUCGGAAGUACCUCGACACGCAUAUUCGAAGGCACCACACAAUAUCUGAAAGAGCUUGAAGUUUAUAUGGCUCAGUUCCACAAUGCAGAGUCAGCUUUGUUCUUCAACUCUGGAUAUGAUGCAAACGUCGCACUUUGGUCAACAAUCCCACAGAAUGGUGACUUCGUCUUGUACGAUCAGUAUGUGCAUGCAAGCAUACAUGAUGGAAUGAGACGUGGACGAGCCCAGACCAUCAUGUUUGCGCAUAACGACUGUGCUUCCUUCCGUUAUUGUCUGGAAAGCCUUCGUGACCAAAAUCCUCGCAUUGCAGAUGGCAGCAAUCCCCGAUCCAUGAACUCCUUUGAUGUUGCCAAGACCACCCUUGCCAGGGGAAAUUUUAUUUUCUCGGUCGAUGAGGCACAUUCAAACGGUCUUCUUGGACCGAAUGGCUCCGGAUUUGUUUCCCAUCAUGGACUCGAGAAGGAAAUAGGCCUUCGUGUGCAUACUUUUGGCAAAGCUUUAGGGUCAAAUGGAGCCGUGGUACUGGCUGAACCGACUAUCAAAUUCAAUCUCAUCAACUAUGCGCGGAGUGUCAUCUUUUCCACAGCUCCUUCCUUCGUUGCGUUAGCUGCUGUCAAAGCCGGUUACGAAAUUUUAGCCAGUGAAGAUGGAGAAAGGCGCCGGCGGACUCUACAAGAAAAUAUCCGGUACUUUCACAAGACCUUCCUCAGUCAUCCUAAAUGGGCGGCUAUCAAAAAGGCAAAAAUCAUUCAAAUCCCGAAUGAGAAGAGCUGGAAAUCUGAAAUACUCCAAUCGCCUAUCAUUCCCUUAGUAACUCCGCCUAAUCAGUCGACUGAGCUGGCCGGACAUAUGCACCGGGCUAAGUUCUGGGCCAACCCGGUAAGGUAUCCCAUUGUUCCGAAAGGGAUGGAUCGAGUGCGAAUCUCGAUACACGCGGAUAAUACCACAGAGCAGAUUCAAGAUGUGAUCGAAGUCAUUAUGGAAUGGGCAGCGUACCGAGCUGAACAAGCUAGGAAAGCCAGAUUGUAG